AGGCUCUGACCGCCAGUGCGGCUCAAACCGAGCGUCCGAGGCUGGACUUCGUGCAGCUGCUGGAGUCGCGCAGUGCAGACCCACGGACAGACCUCACAGGGGAACGGCGUCUGGCGGAACCCGGAGGUCACUGAGGCAACUCAGGGGAAGUUAAUGGACUGACAAUGCUGCUGAGGCCCCCUUCUGGCUGCUCCUUGGUGAAAAGGUCUUCAUCGCUGGACGCUUGACCGACCUGCUAGUUUUAGAAGUCUUGUGUUUGUACACGGUGAAGUUUAUUCGGGGAGCAGACUUUGCUUGCCUUUCUGUGCUGUUCUCAAGUCCCCCGAGGCUCCUUGUCAACCCCAGCAUCUGCUCUCUUGCGUCUCCAGCAGGCAAAGUCACUCCCUCACAGCUCUUACCCUAUUUUUCUGAGUCAAAUGCUCAUUUGAAAUGUGCUUUUUUAUGGGAACUGCAGUGCCCACAUUCUCAAGACCUAUUCCCACAAAACCGUAGUCACUAACGUUUGGUAUUCACUCUAUGCCAUGCAUAUUAUGUAGACACUAGAAUUCCAGACACUUAAAUAGUUUUUUUAAUGAAUGACUAUGCAUGACGUGGAGCUCUGAACUACAGAUAAAGUAACAGGCAACAAAUGGACAACAUGGAUACAGUCUUUAAAUGUGAAACUUCCUGGAGGAACUGAAUCUUUAUUGAACAGAUAAAGGAAAACAGUGUCAGAGAGUUUGCAUAAUUUUCUCAAGACUGUACAUGUAAUGCAUUGUUCCAAAACUCAGCUCAUUCUGAAUUAAUUUAUUUUUGAAGGGAGAAAGUUUCUGGAAGGAAGUAUCUGAAAUAAAACAAAUGAGUCAUUCUGAAUAUGUAAAGCUUUUCUUUGUGUGUGUGUGUGUGUGUGUGUGUGUGUGUGUGCGUGAUUCAUUGGGAAAGAGCUGCUUUCUAACCAGAAGUUUUAUGAAAUUUUAUGUUGUCCCCUAGCAAUUAACUUGGGAGGGAGAAAGAUUUGCUAGAAUUAUAUCACUAACCACGUAACUGAACUAAUUAAAAUCAUUUGUGUGUUAAGUAUGUGUACCAACUCCCCCCAAUGAAUGCAAUCAUUAUAUACUGCAAAAACAUUCCAAUAGAAAUUUAAAAAAUUUUUUUAGGUUUCAAAUACCCGGAAAAUCAAAAGAAAGUGAAUGUCCCACAAGGACAUAUGGAAACAAAUUUCCAAUCUUGUCUUUUAAAACAUUGUAAGUCUGUUUAUUUUAGUUAGACUAUUUAUUUUAGUCACAUGUGAGAUAGGUGCUACAAAAGAGAUUGCUCUAGACAUCCCAAGUGUAUUUCUUGGCCAGAAAAUAUAUUUUUAACUUUAAGCAGAAACAAGGCCAAUUCAUAAUAAUAUAACUAAUGUAAAAAAUGGUUUACUUUGACAUUUGUCUUUUAAAAAUUUUAGUAGUCACUUGGCAAGUGCUUUAGGAACUAUGUUAAAUUUUCAUAUUAUUCUACCUUAUUUACUGUUCAUAACAACUUUUCAUGAUAUUAUCAUACCCUUUCCAUAGAAAUGGAAACUCAGAUCAGAAAGUCCAUUGUCACGCCCCAGAUUCAGAGCUGGUGAGUACAGGAGCUUCAAACUCAGGUCACUGACUGAGACCUGUGCAUUUAAGGUCAGUAUAGCAUUUCAGAAAACUCCUGAAAGUGGACAGUAAGAGAGUAAAAGUGAACACUGGAUCUUUUAACAAAACUUUUGAUGACUGGUGGGUGGUUUCUGAAAACCCUGACCUCCCCAAGAAACCAUAGCAAGCUGAGAACCUUCAGGAAGUCUGCAGAACAUCUAAAUUUCUCUUUCUUUCUUUUAUUUGUGCUAGGAAUUGAACUCAGGACCUUGAGCUUGCCAGACAGGUGCUAUGCCACUGAGCUAUAUCCCCUGCCCACUGAGUACUUUCUUGUAUGAUAGACUGAGAUUGUGUGAUUAAAAACAUUAAAAUUUUCUGAGGAGAAAAUUGCUUAGAUGUGAGGGACAUAAUAAUGUGAAAAGUAGCAAUUAUAAUUUUUUUUUGUAUUUAUGUUCAGACAAUAGCUAAGGGAUUUAUAGAUGCAUUCAAAUUAUAGAUGAAUCACUGUUAUAGAUGAAUCAAUUAUAUAUACAAGUUAUAUAUGAAUCACUACAUAGCAAAUAUAUAUCGAAUAUAUAAUGUCGAAUAUCUAAUCUCUCUCUCAUAUAUAUAUAAAAUUGGUGCUGGGAUCCAAGCCCAGAGCACUUUAUACGCUAGACAAUUCAGUGUUCUUUGCUAUCAUUGUUGGAGACACAUUGUCGAAGUAGAUGACCUAACCUCAUUUUUCAUGCAUUUACUUUUCUGGUGACAAAGGCAUUAUGGUGCUCUGGAGUCAAAAGUUAAUAGGUCAGUAGAGAUGUCAAAUAAAAAACAGAACGUCCCAUUAAAUUUAAAUUUUAGCUAAACAUCCUUUUUUGUAUGAGUUUGUCUUGUGCAACAUUUGAGAUUGAUUGAUUGAUUUUGCUAAAUCUAACCAACCUACUUGGCUGUGCAUUCAGCUAAAUGACAUAAUACCAGGCACUGUGACCCUGGGCAAAUUAUUUUAUCUCCCAGACUUCAUUUCCUCCUACAUAAAGUAAAGUAGAUACAGGACACUCUUUACUAGAUUGUUUUAGCAUUUAGAAUAUUGCUUUAGCACUGAGGAAAGUAAAGGAUUUCUCUUGUAUGUCUUUUCUUAUUUUACGUUAUGUAUCUUUAUCAUUUAUUACUGUUUCAUGCUCUUCAAGUGUUUAUAAUUGAUUUUAUAGAGGUAAGUUUAAAAGACAUUGCUGUGUUAAUUCAAGGAAAAGGGCUUAUUUUCCUAAGUAGAUUAUAUAGCUUUUCUUAGAGAGGAGCCUGAUAUAAAGGUACUGAUAGAACAACAUUGUUUUUUCUUUUUUUGUCUUUUUCCUUUUUUUUUUAAUCGGUACCGGGGAUCGAACUCACGACUGCCUGCUUGCAAGGCAGGCGCUUAUGCCGCUGAGCUAAAUCCCCAGCCCCAAUAGAACAACAUUGUAGCAUAAAGCUGAAUUGUGACAUGAGUGAAGUGGAUUUCUUAAGAACACCUGUAUCAAUUGAUUAAAAGAUGUGUGUUUAAAUAUAAUUAUGAAAGAUUAAACAAAAGUGGCAUGUUUGAUAAAAUGUUAAUUGAUCUGUGAGUUGAAAGAAGUAAUAAAAUAUAAUUAAUAAUGAUUUAAAUUUAUAAAGUGUGACAAAAAGCACGGGCUUUCUGGAAGUUAUAUUAGCAAACAUUAGAAUCAAAACUGUUAAUAUACUUCUGUAUGGUCAUCUCAUUUCUAAGAAAACACUAAAUGACCAUAGAUAUAUAUAUAAUAACUUAGGAAUAAAAACAUUCAUUUUAAAAUCCUCUGGAACAAAGGAAAAAAAUCAAUGAAGAAAUUAAAUACUGGAGUAUGACAAAAUAUUAAUGUCAUCUUUAAAAGAAAGCUUUAGAUACCUAGUAAUAUAAAAUUUAUGCUAGAUAAAAAUCAAAAUUAUUUCAAUUUAAAAAUAUAUAAUGGUAGUUACAAAGUGUUGUCAGAUUAAUUAGGUUUCAGUUUUAUUUUCUUCAUUUCCCUAACACCACAAUUUUAUGAAACAUGUUUUAUCAUUAGGAACAGAAAAUGAUUUUUCAAAUUCUGAGAUCUAAAAAAGUUAACUUUCCUAAGGUACUCAGUAGCUUCCCCUUUUUUCCUCCAGGCACCUUGGUGUAUUUCUUUCUUUGAGUCCCACUUAUCCCCCUGGGAAGCCAGUUAACUGAGGCAAUAGAUGUUACUUAAUUGUCCAAUGGCUAAUUAUUCAGCAAGACAGUUACAAAAGAAUGAUGUAUUUCUGAAGAUGAUAGAUUAAAAUUCAGGCAAUUUUGAUAAAAGGAUAGCAUUUAUUACAUGCUAUUUUGAUCUUUCUUCAUAAGCAAAGUCUCAAGUAUGUAGCCUAUGAAAUAUUACACUAAAAUUUCUAAGGAAAAUUGCUUUUAGGUUUUUAGAGUAACUGACAUUAACAGACAUAUAUGAUGGUUUCUGUUUAUUGAAGUAUGAAUUAUUCUUUCAGCAACCUCAUUUGACUUUAUUUUGUGAUCAGAUAUGUGUUAAAUAUGUAUGUCUGCUGCCAAAUACAUAAUUAAAAUAUCCAUGAACAGCUAGAUGCACUGUAUUUCUACUUUAAUACUAAUUAAUAUAAUUGCAUCAUUUGAAAAUUUAACGACACUUUUGUAAAAACCUAGACAAUUUUUAAAAGACUGUAACCUUGAGAAAUAUUGAAUGUAAUAAAACUCGUCAGAUAAUGUUACCAUUGGUUUACUUUCAAAUUUAUUAAGAUACGUAGCUUGGGUAACCCCUCUUUAUCUAUUGCUCUCAUACAUAUUAAUAAGCUCAGGUUCAAGCAACGGACGGUGACGAUUUGGUUGCUGUUAUUUUCAUCCACGUACAAAUCCGCAAAUCCAGUUCUGAGUCGUGAAAAUCCUCCUUUGUCAGUGCCACAGAAGUGUGUCUUUCCCCCGGAAUGAUUAAGAAAACUAGUGAUGUGUGCAUGUGUAAGGAAAGAAAAAAAAUCAGCAUAUUUACUAUUUUAAAGACGUUUGGAUCUGGAUUUUGACAAUGUCAAGAUUUUCAGUGUAUACGUGCCUGUUUUGGAGAUCCCACUGAUUCUCAUUCUUGAAGACACAGAUAUCCUGUAUUACUUAAACCACCCAAAGAUACUAAACUAAACAUGAAGAAGACAAGUAUCAUCAACACACGACGCUCCUUUAUAAAUAUUCCCAAUGCGGUUGCACCAGACAUUGAAAAUGAAAUAAGAAGGAUGGAAAAUGGGGCCUGCAGCUCCUUUUCUGACAAUGACAGCAGUGCCUCCAUAUCUGAAGAAUCGGAGAAUGAGAAUUCUCAUGUAAGGUCUUCCUUUAGAAGCAACUCACACAGAAACAGAGAACCAUCACAGAGAAAGCAGUACCUGCCUGGUGCCCUGGCACUUUUCAACAUUAACAAUAGCAGCAAUAAGGACCAAGCACCAAAAGAAAAAAAGAAAAAGAAAAAGGAAAAAAGCAAGACAGAUGAUAAAGGUGAAAAUAAAAAGGACUCAGAGAAGAAAAACAAGAAAGAAAAAAUGAAGAAAAAGAUAGAAGAGAAAGGCAAAGAUAAGAAAGAAGAGGAAAAGAAAGAAGUUACGGUUAUUGAUCCUUCAACAAAUACGUAUUACAAUUGGCUGUUUUGCAUCGCCAUGCCUGUGAUGUACAACUGGACAAUGCUUAUUGCAAGAGCCUGUUUUGAUGAACUUCAGUCUGAUUACUUAGGAUACUGGCUCAUUUGUGAUUAUGCUUCUGAUAUAGUCUAUCUUAUGGAUAUGUUUGUACGAUUGAGGACAGGUUACCUAGAACAAGGAUUACUGGUGAAAGAUGAACAGAAACUCAUAGAGAAAUACAAAUCAACCUUGCAAUUUAAACUUGAUGUUAUAUCAAUGAUACCAACUGAUGUGAUGUAUUUUAAAUUAGGGUGGAACUAUCCAGAAAUCAGAUUAAACAGGCUAUUAAGGUUCUCUCGCAUGUUUGAGUUCUUCCAGAGAACAGAAACAAGGACAAACUACCCAAAUGUCUUCAGGAUUUCUAACCUUGUCAUGUAUAUUGUCAUUAUUAUCCACUGGAAUGCAUGUGUGUAUUACUCUAUUUCAAAAGCUAUUGGAUUUGGUAAUGACACAUGGGUCUAUCCUGAUGUUAAUGAUCCAGAAUUUGGCCGUUUGGCCAGAAAAUAUGUAUAUAGCCUUUACUGGUCUACCCUGACUUUAACUACUAUCGGUGAAACACCACCUCCUGUGCUGGAUUCCGAGUAUGUCUUUGUGGUGGUUGAUUUCUUGAUUGGAGUUUUGAUUUUUGCUACCAUUGUUGGUAACAUAGGUUCCAUGAUUUCCAACAUGAAUGCAGCCAGGGCUGAGUUUCAGUCAAAGGUCGAUGCUGUCAAGCAGUAUAUGAAUUUUCGAAAUGUAAGCAAAGAUAUGGAAAAGAGAGUUAUUAAAUGGUUUGAUUAUCUGUGGACCAAUAAGAAAACAGUUGAUGAGAAAGAAGUCUUGAGAUAUUUACCUGAUAAACUGAGGGCAGAGAUUGCCAUCAAUGUUCACUUAGAUACACUAAAAAAAGUGCGCAUUUUUGCCGAUUGUGAGGCUGGUCUGUUGGUGGAACUGGUUUUGAAGUUACAACCUCAAGUCUACAGUCCUGGAGAUUACAUAUGCAAGAAAGGGGAUAUUGGACGAGAGAUGUACAUCAUCAAGGAAGGCAAACUUGCUGUGGUGGCAGAUGAUGGGAUCACUCAGUUUGUGGUGUUGAGUGAUGGCAGCUACUUUGGUGAAAUCAGCAUUCUUAACAUUAAAGGCAGCAAAGCUGGUAAUCGAAGAACAGCCAAUAUUAAAAGUAUUGGCUACUCGGAUCUCUUCUGUCUCUCAAAAGAUGACCUCAUGGAAGCUCUAACUGAGUAUCCAGAUGCCAAAACUAUUCUGGAAGAGAAAGGAAGACAGAUUUUAAUGAAAGAUGGUCUACUGGAUCUAGACAUUGCAAAUGCUGGAAGUGACCCUAAAGAUCUUGAUGAGAAGGUCACUCAAAUGGAGGGAUCCCUAGACCGCCUGCAAGUACGAUUUGCCCGUAUCCUGGCUGAGUAUGAGUCCAUGCAGCAGAAACUGAAGCAAAGGUUAACCAAGGUUGAAAAAUUUCUGAAGCCACUCAUUGACACAGAAUUUUCAUCUCUUGAGGGACCUGGAGUAGAAAGUGAGCCCACAGAAUCUACACAAGACUGAAAAACUGGUCAUCGAUGUGGGCAUACUUACAUUUUGAUCAUGUGACAAAAGACCACAAAGGAAAAAGCUGAAGAACUUUUCCAUAAGGAAAAUAUGCUUAAGUGGUUGACACGGGCCUGUACAUUCUCCACGAGGUAAUAUGGUUAAAGAAUCAUUUUAUGUGCAUCCUUCCCACAAAGGAUAAUCAGUGAAGAUGUAGACUGAUUAAGCCAACAGUAUUCAUAUGUUUCAGAUUUCUCACAUAUGGCCCUUUUAUGUAGUAAUCUUCAUGAAAGAGAAAUAUUUCUCACUUUCAGGCCUUUUGCUUUGUGGAAGAGUAAAAUGUCUUCUGAGUAACUUCGAAUAACUGUGUACAUCAUGUUACAUGUACAUCAUGUACAUCAUGGGAUACCAUUUUAAGAAUAAUUAGAGUGCAAUAAAAUAAAGUUAAUUAUGAAA